AUGGCACAACGCUUCCCGGCUGGUGGGCCCAGCCCAGCGCCUCCUACAGGCGGCAUACCUCCACAACAGCGUUAUCCUGGACCUGCACAACCUCCAGGUUCUCCAAUGCCACCGAGGCCUUACGCUGGACCUACAUUCCCGCCACGUAGUGGAUUCACACCACCUCCGGCGGGUAGUGCAGGUGGCCCUGCCGGAGGGCCCCGGCCGGGGCCUGCACCGUAUGUAGGGGGCGCGGGAGGCGGAGCACCCUUGCCGCCCACUGUUGCCCCGGGAGGCGGGCCGGGCGCCCCCGGCCCCCCCGCGCCCUACAACGCGCCCCCGCGGCCGCCCGUCGCGGCGUCCGCGGCCACCAAGCGUCCGCCGGACGCGCGCGCGCCGCUGCCGCCCCAGCACAAACCGCAGCACUACGCUGGCGAGGGCUACGGCGCGGGCGGCAAGCGCAAGAAGCGGCUGGCGGACAAGAUCCUGCCGCAGAAGGUGCGCGACCUGGUGCCGGAGUCGCAGGCCUACAUGGACCUGCUCGCCUUCGAGCGCAAGCUGGACGCCACCAUCAUGCGCAAGCGCCUCGAUAUACAGGAGGCGCUCAAGCGGCCCAUGAAGCAGAAGCGCAAGCUGCGGAUAUUCAUCUCCAACACUUUCUACCCAGGUCAGGGCGAGAACGCCGUGGCGUCGUGGGAGCUACGCGUGGAGGGUCGGCUGCUGGACGACUCUAAAAACGACCCAAAUAAGGUGAAGCGCAAGUUCUCGUCGUUCUUCAAGUCGCUGGUGAUCGAGCUGGACAAGGAGCUGUACGGGCCCGACAACCACCUGGUGGAGUGGCACCGCACGCACACCACGCAGGAGACCGACGGCUUCCAGGUGAAGCGGCCCGGCUACAAGAACGUGCGCUGCACCAUCCUGCUGCUGCUGGACUACCAGCCGCUGCAGUUCAAGCUGGACGCGCGGCUGGCGCGCCUGCUGGGCGUGCACACGCAGGCGCGCCCCGUCAUCGUCAACGCGCUGUGGCAGUACGUCAAGACGCACCGCCUGCAGGACGCGCACGAGCGCGAGCUCGUCGUCUGCGACAAAUACCUCGAGCAGAUCUUCGGCUGCGCGCGCAUGAAGCUGGCCGAGGUGCCGGCGCGCCUCGGCGCGCUGCUGCACGCGCCCGACCCCAUCGUCAUCAACCACCUCAUCAGCGUCGAGCCGCCGCACGACGCCAAGCAGACCGCCUGCUACGACAUCGACGUCGAGGUCGACGACACGCUCAAGGCGCAGAUGAACAGCUUCCUGCUCAGCACCGCCAACCAGCAGGAGAUACAGGGGCUCGACGCGAAGAUACACGAGACGGUCGACACGAUCAACCAGCUCAAGACGAACCGCGAGUUCUUCCUGAGCUUCAGCAAGGAGCCGCAGCGGUUCGUGCAGAAGUGGCUGGUGUCGCAGUCGCGCGACCUGAAGACCAUGUCCGGAGGCGCCGGCGACGCGGAGGAGGAGCGCCGCGCCGCCUUCUACUCGCAGGCGUGGGCCGGCGAGGGCGUGGCGCGCUACCUGCACGCGCGCCUCGCGCAGCGCCGCCGUGACCUCGACCUCGCCCUGCACCCGCCCCACGUCCCGCACCGCGCC